CCAUCUCUGUUUUUAAAUGAAUUUUUUAACCGCAUAGAGAAAAAGCAGCAUGGCGAGAGUGUGAGAGUGAAGCAGAGAGAAAAGCCAACACUGAAUCUGGAAGGCAGGCAGAGAGACGUGAGGAGGGAUAGAAUACUGAGGAGCGAGAAAGCAACACAAAGAAAUCGAUGAAAACAAUUUGACCACUCUCUGAUUCCUGUCUCGUUAAAUCGUGGCCAUAGAUUCUUAAUCCUCUCCAACUUGACCACGAAAGUGGGAAGCUUUUGGGGUUUUGCAGCGACUAUAUCUUUGCUAUCACUCUGCCCCUAAUAGUCUUCCUUUGCUGCUUUUGCUCUCUCCAGCAUUUCACACAGAUUUUUACAGAAGGUUUUAGAUUCGGGUUUUCUCUGAGGAACGGAGGAGUGUGAAGGAGGCUGCGUGGAGAGAUUUUAUGUCGGCUAGCUUUGAUUUGGUGGUGAUUGGGGCUCCGUCGAAGCUCUGGAUUUUUACUGCUGCUUGCUCUGCCGUCUGCUUUAUGCUUCUCUGCUUUUUCCGGCAGAGAUUCAACCCGGUGAUUCGACCCGUUUCGAUGAGUUUGAGACCAAAAAGGACUUGUUCUGGAUCGCAAUAUUUUGGGGCUUUUCAUAUAAAACUAUUUUCUUCCCUCUUCUUAUUCCUGAGAGGGGAUCUAACCUGAUACCACUCACAUCUCAAACUCACAUCUCAAUUUUUUUUUAAAAUUUUGUUUUUGGGUAUUUUUGAGGGGUUUAGAAGAUUUUAGCCAUUUUCUGAAACUAAUUUCUGAAAAUGGCUGUGCCUCGGAAACAGCGAAACAGAAUGAGAAAGUCCAAGAGAGAACCAUUUCCUGAUCACCAGUCCAAGAUUAUGAGGAAAGUUCGCAUUAUCUGUUACGAUCCCGACGCCACUGAUGACUCAUCUUCAAGCGAGGACGAAGGAGGAAGAGAGAGAAGAUUUCCCAACAACCCAAAACGCUUCGUUCGUGAAAUUACUUUCUGCCCAACCGCGCACCCGAAGCCGGGCACAGCUGAGCAAGAGAGCUCAAGUCAAGACAGCAAUGGAGUCAGAACCCCAAAACCCAGCAAGAAGGCGACUUUCACCAAGUCCCACCGGCAGUCCUCUUCUCCUUACAGAGGCGUGAGGCAGCGCAAAUGGGGGAAAUGGGCUGCUGAGAUUCGUGAUCCUUUCAAAGGGGUUCGUCUCUGGCUUGGUACUUUCAACACUGCGGAGGACGCCUCAAAGGCUUAUGAGGCCAAGCGGCUCGAAUUUGAAGAAAUGUUGGCAGCUGCUACCUCAGCUUCAGCUGUCGUUUCCAACCAGAAUUCCUACAACAACGUUGAACCUGUUUCGUCUGAGGAUUCUGACUCUGUCGUCUCUCAGAGCUCUCCUUCUUGUGUGCUUGAUUUGGAGACAUCUGCUUCCAAUAACAUUCGGAAUGGUGCUGAUUUGGAGAAGGAGAUUGCCGAUGAGUCGACAAAUCUUGAAGAGCUGCAAAUACCCGAUUUGGGUUUACUUGAUGAGACAUUGGGCCCUCUUCAUUUUGAUCCAGAGCUAAACUUGGGACCGGAGCUCGAUUCGCUUUACCUGGAGGAUUUUGGGCAGUUGUUCGACAAUUACAGCAGCAUUGAGGAUAUACAGAUUCCCGGGUUCGAAAGCGAUGAGCCGAGCAGUCUACCCGACUGUGACUUUGAGGAUCUUGGCAAGGAUGACAUUGCUUGCUGGUUGGAUGAACCCCUCAACAUAGUAUGCCAAUAAAUUUUGCAGCUUCUCUUUAGUUAAAUCUCUGUUUAUGAUUUUGCAGCAAUUAGGCGUAAUAUCAUGAACUCUCAAGUAACACAUGGAGUUCUCGAGUGAGAGUGGUAAUUAUGUGAGAGUUUAAUUAUUUUGUGUUUAAAGAGAGAUUAAGAUGGUGAUUUGCGGCAUAAGCGUUGUAGUGUUAAGUGUGAAUCCUUGGGUUUUCUUGUGCUAUCAGAGCCGUCCAAAGGGUUCUCGAUCUGAUUUGUUGUCGUAGAAGGGUUUAACGUUAUCAUCUCUCUUUUAUCUCCCUGAUGUGGUAAUGUACUAUGAAGCUUCUGCAAUGAAUUUUACUUUACCCAA